AUGGUGAACUUCCCUCCUGAAAUCCAGUGUUUUUUGCAAUUGGGUGAGAAUUUUAGCUUACCUCACAUCAAUACACCAAUCCUAACGAUCGAAUUUAUCAAACACAUUGAAUGCAAUCUCCGGAAGCUUUCUCCUGCAUCUAGAAUUCCCAUCAGAGAAAAAUUAAAAUCCAUCAUUAAAAAUAUUCCGUCUUAUUCGUUUCCUAGGAAUUCACAUAAUGAUUGGUUGACACGGCUUUACCUGACUGCUAAAAAUUUUCUCCAGAACAACAAAGAUCUCAUCCUCACACGGGCUGAUAAGGGUAAUGUCACGGUGGCUCUUGAUAAAUUCGACUAUUUGAACAAAGUUGGUGAUUUACUUAGGGAUGAGAACACUUAUACAAUAAUCAACAAAGAUCCUACUAAAAAACUAAUUUCCAACCUGAAAGAGCUACUAUCCAGAUGGAAAAACCAUGGUUACAUCUCUAAUACUACCUAUAAAUCUCUCCUAUUUACCGAUGGCAUCUUACCUAGAGCUUAUGGUUUGCCUAAAAUACAUAAGAUCAACAUUCCUUUCAGACUCAUUGUCUCUUCCAUCAAUAGCCCUCUUUAUUCUCUUGCCUUAUUUUUACACAAGAUCAUGAUCAAGAACUUUCCUACUGCCUCUAGUCAUAUAAAUAACAGUUUCGAUUUGGUGCAGAAUUUGGCCGAUGUUCACUUGGAUGACGACUCUUUAUUGAUCUCGUUGGAUGCGAUUUCCCUGUUUACGAACAUUCCCACGGAUUUAGCUCUUUCUAGCGUUUCUAGCAGAUGGAGUUUUAUACGUGAUGUGUGUGAUUUGCCUGAAUCUGAGUUCUUGAGUGCAGUCAGAUUUGUUUUAAACUCUACGUUUUUUACUUUUAACAACAUUAUUUAUAAGCAAACUUUCGGUACUCCUAUGGGAUCUCCCUUAUCGCCGAUUAUUGCUGACAUAGUGCUACAGGACUUAGAAGAGAAAGCUUUGAAUACUUUAAGAUUCACCCCCCGAGGUUGA